GAAAUUGAAACAUGCAAUCGAAGAUUAACAACUUUUUCAUGCCCUUGUCUUCAUCUCCUACACGCAAGAGUGCAAACCCAUCUCAAUGUUGCAUUGCUGAGUUCGAUUAUGGGAGGGUACAGCCAGAAAUUCUGGUUACCUACCAGCGAAGACCUCAAAAUUCAAUUUGUGAAAAGAAUGGUGCGUCAGCUGGUGAAGCAUCCAAGGAAAUAGACUUGGAGAAUAUUGUGCCAAACUUUGGGGUGACGAAGUCGGGGAAAGUUCUGAAUAAGAAGAGAAAGUAUGCGCAAUUCUAUUUGGAAUUGGGUCAGUCUGAUUUUUUAUUACACACCUGUAUUGUCUGUGGCUUUAAGUAUGCCAGAGGUGAUGAAGAGGAUGAAAAGUUUCAUAAGACGUUUCACAAGAAUUAUACGCAUGGUAUUCCAUUUAAGGGUUGGCGGAAUGAAAGAAAACUUCGAAUUCCUUCACUUGAAAUUGGAUGUAUUAUCCUGGUGCUGGACAAUGACCCUCCUCCUCAGAGAAAUAAGGUACAGGAAGUUGUGAAGAUGAUGGAGAUGGAACUUGGAGAUGGGUGGAUAUAUCAUCAGCUAUGCAAGGUGUAUCUGUUUAUAUCUUCUCAAAGAAUAUCUGGAUGUCUUGUAGCAGAGCCCAUAAAGAAGGCUUAUAAGAUUCUCUCAAGACCAGAGGGCAGCAGGUGUAAUGUUUCACCUGAGAAGGAAGUGAGACGGACUUCAACCACGCUCCAAUUUGGGGGAGUGAGUUUCCAGAGGGAAAUGGUAGGAAGAAAUCACUCAACUAAAAGUCAUGAAGAGUCAGAUGAAAGCAUCAGUGGAGUAGUCUUGUGUGAGAUGGAAGCUGUAUCUGCGUUAUGUGGCAUUAGAGCCAUUUGGGUUACUCCCUCCAACAGAAGAAAACAUUUAGCCAGCUAUUUGCUGGAUGCUGCUAGGGAAAGUUUUUGCAAGGAUUUAGUUCUUAAAAGCUCAGAGUUAGCCUAUUCUCAGCCAACCUCAGUUGGAACGGUCUUCAUCUCCAGUUAUACAAGCAGUCACUCAUUCUUGGUUUAUACACCUUCUGAUGUGUAG